AUGUCAUCCUCGAACGACGUUGCCCAAAUGAGGAGCAAAUUCGUGAAAGAGCUUGGUGAAGGUCCUUGGGAUGAGACCUGGGAGAGCAUUGCAAAGUUGAGCCCAGAGCUGUUCGAUGCCAGCGUGAACCUCAUUGCUGUUCCUCGAAAGAAGCGACAUCUGUCCCCAAAGAUUCAACAACUCAUUUCAAUAGCAGUGGAUGCUUCGUCAACCCAUUUAUAUCUGCCUGGAAUCCAGCAGCACAUCAAGGCUGCUUUGGCUGAAGGAGCAUCGGCUGCUGAAAUCAUUGAAGUGAUCGAGCUGACCGGUACACUUGGGAUCCACGCCUGCAAUAUAGGUGUACCUUUACUGGUGGAGGUCAUGAAGGAGGAAGGAAUCUACGACUCACAUCCAACCGUGGCAAAACCCUAUGAUGCUGAACGCGAGAAGUUGAAAGCCGAAUUCACGAAGAACAGAGGCUACUGGCACACCUUCUGGGAGGACUUCCUCGCGCUGGACCCAGAGUUCUUCAAGGCUUACCUGGACUUCUCAUCCGUGCCUUGGCUGAAGGAUGUCGAUGGCUCAGGUAAAGGGGGCGGAGUGUUGGAGCCAAAGGUUAAAGAAUUGGUUUAUUGUGCUUUCGACGCCGCAAGUACCCACCUGUAUGUUCCCGGACUCAAGCUUCACAUGAAGAAUGUCCUAGGAUACGGAGGAACUCCCGAAGAAAUCAUGGAAGUGCUUGAGAUUGCGACCCAGCUCAGCCUACACACCUCUAAUGUCGCGGCACCAAUACUGGCCAAAGAGCUGGGGAAGUAA